AUGGAGCCUGCUGAAGUACCUGGUCAGAUUAACAAAGAUAACUUUUUAGAAGUUCCUAAUCUGCCCGAUUCUGUGUGUGAGGAUGAAGAAGUUAAAGCUACCUUCAAGCCUGGCUUCUCCCCUCAGCCAAGUAGAAGGGGGUCAGGAUCUUCUGAAGACUUGUAUCUGGACACUCCAACCUCAGCUUCCCGGCGAGUUUCCUUUGCUGACAGCCUUGGAUUCAGUCUUGUGUCUGUUAAAGAAUUUGAUUGCUGGGAAUUACCAAGUGUUUCAACUGAUUUUGACUUACGUGGGGAUAUUUUCCACACAGAUGAAUAUGUUUUAUCUCCACUGUUUGACUUGCCUUCUUCAAAAGAAAAGCUUAUGGAGCAACUUCAAGUCCAGAAAGCAGUGCUGGAGUCUACUGAACAUCUUCCUGGGUCGACAAGUGUGAAGGGCAUUAUUCGAGUUCUGAACAUUUCUUUUGAGAAGUUAGUGUAUGUGCGCAUGUCUUUGGAUGACUGGCAGACACAUUAUGACAUUUUAGCAGAAUAUGUUCCUAAUUCGUGUGAUGGUGAAACUGACCAGUUCUCUUUUAAGAUUUCAUUGGUUCCACCUUAUCAAAAAGAUGGUGGUAAAGUGGAGUUCUGUAUACGCUAUGAAACUUCUGCUGGUAUAUUUUGGUCAAAUAAUAAUGGCACAAAUUAUAUACUGGUUUGUCAAAAGAAAAAGAAGGAACCAGAGCCUGUAAAACCACUGGAAGAAGCUCCUAGCAGACAAAUAAAAGGCUGCUUAAAGGUAAAAUCAAGUAAAGAAGAACCAUUGCUAACACCAGAAGAAAAUAAAUUUGAGACUUUAAAGUUCACAGAGUCCUAUAUCCCAACAAUCAUUUGUUCUCAUGAGGACAAGGAUGACUUGGGAGCCAAUCAUCAAAAUGUAAAAGACAUCAACAAGAAGCAUGACGAACAAAAUGAAAAAGAAUUAGACUUGACGAUAAACCAACGAUUAAUAACUUCCCAGGAUGAAAAGAAUACAUUUUCAACAGAUGCAGUCAAUUUCUCAAAUAAAGCUGAGGCAUCAAAGAAGAAGCAAGCUCACCAUGAAAACCACACUGACUUAUUCAGAGGGCCUUUGUCUCCAAGUUUAUCAGCAGAAAUUUCCUUAAAUAGAGAUUCCUACCACAGCAGAAAAUAUUCCCCAGGAGAUGAAUAUGUUCAUCUGCCUUCAGAGGAAAUUAUUUCAGAUCAAGGAGAAAUAGGGCCAUCACUGGGAGAUACCACUUCUGAUGAAUUAAUGCCAUUGGAACUCUGCAGCAAAGAAGACCUGGAUGAUAACGCCAACCCAGCCCAUGGGAGUGGCAGAGAGGGUUCUUCCUCUGAUCAUAAGAAUAAUGAAGCAGGAAUCAAGAAACCUGGAAGAAAAGAUUACAAAUAUUUGCAUGGAGAGUCUUAUUUAGAGGAAUCCACAAAUUUGGAAGAAUCAAAUGCAUCUUCCAAAGAUGAUUAUGCCAAAGUUGAUGAUAAAAAGAAGCAAACAUGCUUAGGUGUUAAUGAGAAUCCAAGCAAAAAUUUUCAAUCAAUACACCUGAACCAAGAGGAACAAAUGAGGUACCCAAAAAUAAGCAUUGAAGGGGCUACAGCUAAUAACCAAGACUUGACAACCCUACUAAGCAAAGAUAAUACAGCUAAUACCUGGGCCGUAACUGUAGAUCCCUCUCCUUCCACAAAUACAACAGUGAGUUGGAGAGAAGUUGGAAAUGGUACCAAUUUAGCACCAAGAACUACUGAUCUUGGUUCUCCAAGGAAGUCCAGUCUUUUGAGUGAUGAUCAUCUUUGUCAAACUGAGAAGGAAAAAUCAGACCCUAGUAAUCCUCAAGAUCAGAAUAUGAACACACAGCACAGGAAAAAUUGGAACGUUCUGGAAAGUCAGCCAGAAACAAGAGAGACUGAAACAAAUAUAACCAUGCAUACCAAAGAACAAGCAGAGUAUAAAGACAUGUGGGGAAAAGGAGAUAACAAUGGGAAUCGGAAAGCUACUCCUAGAGAACAAUUGUUUACCUGCCAAGAGACAGAAUGCUACGAACUGCCUUCUCUAGCUGAUCAUAGUAUUACUGAGAAAGCACAAGCAGUAACAGCUUAUGUAAUUAAGACAACAUUAGAAAGUACUCCAGAAAGCGUGUCUGCUGGAGGAAAAGCAAUAAUUGCUAAGCUACCUCAAGAGACAGCACGAAAUGACAGGCCCAUCGAGGUAAAAAAAACAGCGUUUGAUCCACAUGAAGGGAGGAAGGAUGAUUCACAUUAUUCCCUUUGUCAUGGAGAUGCAGCAGGUGUAAUCCAUGACAAGGAUUUUGAAAGGGAGUCACAUUCAGAUAUUUGUAAUGUAUGUGUAGAUGAAAUGGAGAAGGAGAAAACCACAUCUACGUGCUCUCCUAGGAAGACAUAUGACAAGGAGAAACAUGGAAUUGGAAGUGUAACAUCUAUAGAUGAACCUUCACAGGUCAUUACAGGCAAUCAAAAAGCUACGUCAAAACUGGAUUUACAUUUGGGAGUGUUAUCAACAGACAGAGCAAUAUUCCCAGCAAAUACAGAUCUUGAGCUGCUUCAAGAAUUAUCAAGGAGAACAGACUUCAGUGCUGUUCACUCUGCAUUUAACUCAGACACUGCCAGCGCUUCUCAGGGCAGCUCUCAAGUUUACAGGCGCUGCUCUAAAAAAUCAGUACCUUCUUAUGGUGAAGAGAAAGCAGUUACUAACGCAACUCUCCAGUCUAUUCCUACCAAAUCAGAAUAUAAUUGGCAUGCAGAAAGUGAGAUCUUGGGUCAUGGCAUGUCUAAACCUCAAGAUGUUUUCAACAGUUCAGAAAUAAUGAAAUCAGGGAGUGGAGGAGAACGAGGCAGGGGUCCGAUUUGGCAACAAAAGGAAGGUAGCUUGGAAAAGUCCCAAGGCCUGAUGAGCUUAAUCAAUAAGCCUCUUGAGAAUCUGGUUGAAGCAAGUUCUGGAAAUGAAGGGUUAAUACAUUCUGGAGAGUCACAAUGUUAUUUGGGUGACAAAGAGUCAGAGAGCUCUACUUCUGCUACUGUCCCUGUCCAGGAACUUGAAGCUCAGGGCAGGGAGUCUCUGCUUUCAAUAUCCACCAACUCUAAAAUACCUUAUUUCCUUUUGUUUCUGAUAUUUCUUGCAACCGUUUACUACUAUGACUUAAUGAUCGGCUUGGCGUUCUAUCUUUUUUCCUUGUACUGGCUGUACUGGGAAGGGGGGAGGCAAAGAGAAUCUGUCAAGAAAAAGUGA